UUUCGACUCAUAAAGUUUUGAAAAAUAAAAUAAAAUAAGAGGAUAUAGAAAAUACAUGGUGUAUAGAUAUGUCUAUUGAAAUAUGAGUUUCGUUCGUUUUUCCCUCCCUUGCUCUAAAGCAAAGAAGCGAAAUGACGAGGAAGAGGAAGGAAUUGUGCUCAGGUUCUUCAGUGCCAAGGAUUCAACUACUUGAAUUCCUCUUUCAAUCAACUCAAGAUCUACAAGUCUCUCCCAUUGUUAAGUACACCGCAUUAUCCCUCUUCGCUCAACGGUUUUACCCGAUCUUCAUCUCCAGAUCUAAGCAGGACAGUAUAGAACACUGGCUUUUACAACCUGUAAGAGAAAGCAAUCUUCAGCUGUUUGCUCUUAUUGCAAUAUGGAUAUCAAGCAAAAUACAUGAUUCUCGUCCUUUACCCGUCAAAAAGUUAAAAAUUCUGGCAGACAAGAUAAUACAGGAACAGCAUUAUACAACAAGAGAUUUCGCAGAAGCAGAGGUGAUCUUCAUGCAGGUAUUGCAUUUUGAGAUUGGUACAUCAAAUAUUGUCUACAGGUUCCUUGAAGACCUGCUACUUCAGUUAAGGGAAGUUGCCACAGUUGGGGACCAUUUGAAUUUUGAGGUGUGCAUGGACAUCAUGGAUCUUCUUUAUGAAAAGGAGGAAACUUCAAUUCUUUAUAAUUCUCCCCUUUCUUUGGCUGCAUCAAUCCUGGUUGCCUCGUAUGUCAUUAUAGUUCCUAAACAAAGAUGGGAGUUUCCUGUUCUUCCUUGGGUGAAAUAUGGGAUGGCAUGCAAAGAGGAAGAGAUCAUAGAACUUGUUAGAUACAUAUUGGAACAUGUGUUGCAACCUCGUUCAUGAUGAGACUUGAGAGGCUUCUAUAUACCAUCUAAAAAGUGUGAUACAUUGCUUUAAAGCAAAAGACCCAAAAAUGAAAAAAGCAAAAUAUCUCAAGUUCUCAACAGUGAAACCCUUUUGUAUUCUUUACUGAUCUAGAGGCUGUGGAAUAAAUAAAGAACAAAUUGCAUUUUUGGUCCUUUGUGGUAUCACACUAUUUACAAGUUUCGUACAAACAUGUGUAAAGUGAUGUUUGCCGUCCCUGUGGCAUCACACCAGUAAUAUCUUUGGUCCAAAACUAACAAGCCGUUUAUUUUUCUCUGUUAGUGUGGCCAUGUGCCAGACAUGUGAGGGUAAUUAUGUCAUUUUCUCCGUUAA